CUCCUCGACUCCUGCACGCCCACGACACUCGUCCGUCGCCCCGCCAUCCUAUUCUCCCAUCAUGUCUGCCAUCCGUUGCCUCCGCCACGUCUCUCUGUCCGCAAACAGGGCGUUCGCCGUCCGCGCCGCGUCGCGCACGCUCUCGCGCGCCGCCCUGCCCGUUUUCGCCGUGCGUGCCGCACCGGUGUGCGCAUCAACGUCAAGGCCGUUCUCCGCGUCCGCGCGGGCUCUCGGCGAGGGUGCCUCCGACGUGUCGCUCGCGCAAAAACUCGGCGAGGAGCUCCAGUACGAGAAGGAGGCCGCCGCCGAGGCGGAUCCCGACUUCCUGAAGUCGUUCAAGGCGCAGGGCGUGUGGGCGAUCGAGGACGUAGCGGGAAACGACGAGAUUGCGCUGUCGCGGAAGUUUGGAAACGAGGCCAUCCGGCUGAUGUUCUCGAUCGCGGACAUCCAGAACGAGCAGGAGGGUGAGUUCGACCAGCCGGAGGAGGGCGAGGAGGCGAACCCGGAGGAGGGCACCCUGCCGUCGUAUCCCAUCCGCUGCUCCGUGUCCAUCACGAAGUCGGGCGCACCCGGCGCGCUCACUGUUGACGCGAUGUGCCAGGAGGGCGCGUUCGUCGUCGACAACAUCUCGUUCUACACCGACGCAAAGGUUGGUACGGAGCUGACGGCUGAGGCGGAUUGGAAGCGUCGCGGACUGUACAUUGGUCCCCAGUUCGACACCCUCGACGUCGCCGUUCAGGAGGAGUUUGAGCGGUUCCUCCAGGAGCGCGGCAUCAACGAGAGCCUGGCCAUGUUUAUUCCGGAGUAUGCCGAGUACAAGGAGCAGAAGGAGUACGUCAGCUGGCUCCAGCACAUGAAGUCAUUUGUCGAGGCCUAGGUGCAGGGCGCGGAUGAGUCAUUCAUUACGAUGGACGAUUGACCAAACUCUUGCACAUUUUGCUUGGUACACCCACCCCAAAAGUCUAUGCUUUCAUGGCAGUGAUUACUACCUACUUACGUGCGCAGCUGCAUACAUAAUACACACCUCCAUUCUGCCUUCAA